AUGGACACGCCCAAGAUACCGGCCCCCAAGGACGAGGGCGAGAAGCAAGUCCUCGAUAAGCUGGUCGCUAUCCGUGAUCAGCUGCAAUUGCGCAAGCUGGAUCGCACAACCUACGUCCGCACCCAGGAUGUCAUGGUCCUCUACGACCAGGUGCUCGAGCAGGUCAAGCGUCUGAACGAGAUAAGAGGUGGGAAGGCCACGGAAGAGAUCCAAGAGAACCGAGUGGACAGAGUUGUAGACAGCUGCUUCCAGCUACUUUCCCUCUUCUUCAUGACCAUCGGCCGAAACAAUGAGGCGCCCGCCGCGUACGCCCUGACGUCGACUAUCAAGCGGCUUCUCGACCACCUGACCGAGGCCGACCUCUUCUCCGCCAAGGACCUCGAGAGCAUGUCGCAGACUCUGGAGCAUCUGUCUGACAUAGUCAACACUACACCCGAUACACAGUCCGCACCUUACCUGGAGACGCUCAUUGCAAAGCGAAUAGAGCGGUGCCGGGCAUCCCUGACAGCCCUGCAAAAGAAGAUUGAGGAUAUUGCCGUCCCGCUAAGACCAACGGCGGAGAAGCUUGUUUCUGUACUGAGACAAAUGGCCGUGAUCAACACGAAGUCCAAGGUGGAUAGAACCAAUUUCCCUGCGGACAUACACAGAUACGUGGCACAACUACGAGACAUCAGCGAUAGCAGGAAGGAUGGCCACUUCGUCGAUGAAGAUGGAAACAAGUUGAAAGGCAGUGACAAAGUUGUCGCAUUGAUGGAACGAUGCCAAUUGUACACAGGAAUAAUUCUCGAAAAAAAUGGAACAUUCCCAGACAAGUGGAGGCCUGUUUAUGACGUUCUGAUCGGCAUCAGAAACGAACUCGACAAGCUGUCGCUAACGCAAGCAUGGUCUCUACGAGAAACUGAUCUCUACGAUUUCCAACGGCAGCUUGACAAGAUUGACGAGAGCCGAGUUGACGGCAACUGGGUCGACGACGAGGGGCAACCAGCAGAGCUUUACGUUCAACGGACACUCCUGUACCUUAUUCGACGGUGUUACGGCUACAUCUACCACCUGAUGCUGUCGUCAGAGCCGGUUUCCGAGGCGCUGCUACCGAUCUACAACCAACUCCAAACACUGAAGCGAUGCCUCGUUGAGGUGAAGAAAUGUGGAGUAUCAUCCGUUCGGGAGCUGUACCCCUAUAGCAUGAAGCUCAACUCAAUUGACAACAUGAGAGUCGACGGGAAGUUCAUGGUUGGAGAGGACAUUCCUGAAGGCCAAGGAAGCGUUACCACACUGUUGGCUGAUUGCUUCGACCUGAACUACGAGCUAAGGGUUGCGGCUGAGGCCUCAGAGGAGUCGAAUGAUUCGACGCCUGGAUCACGCACGCCGGAUGUGUGA